AUUUUACCUCCGCGACUCUUUGGUCCGGCCACCUCCAAGCCUCCUCCAAGCUCCCUCGAUCAUAUUCGGCUCAUGCACUUCACUAUCGCAUUGACAAAGACCAUUCAAACUUAGAUCCUGGAUAUUUGCCAUCUCGAGGUUUCACGCGGAGAAGUCUACAAAGGCUAAAGGGAUAACUGACUGGCUGAGCACUUCGCUACGGUAACCCAGGAUCAACUCAAUCCAACAUAUAUGUUAUAGCGCCCUCAAAUGGAUCAGGCAGCAGCUAUCGCGUCUACGUUCAGUCUUUCCGGUGUUUCCGCUACGCCCUCGGCUAAGUGCUUGCAGUGGACCGCUGAUGGCCAACUGCUAGUGCUGACGAAGUCCGCUGUUCACAUUCUGACUCCACAUGUAGGCAUGAGCAAUGAGUUAACAUCGACUGUCGAGCACACAGAAGGGAAGGAGCAAGAUCCCUCCCGCAACGUCAAACGCACCGGAUGGCUGAGGACCAUGAUUGGUAUCGAUAAGGCGCUCGUAUAUCAAUGGCCUGCUGACUGUCAAGAUUGGGGUGCCGUGGCUCUAGGUUCCCUAGAUCAAGGUCUCCGCGCGGUUACCUCAUCACCAACUAAUCUGAGCGGAGACGCUAGCUGUCUCUUGGUUGUACUCAACUCUAAUAUGGAACUAGCCUUAUGGGGACCUGUGAAGGAUUUCCUGAGGGGGGAGUGGGCCAAGCUUGUAGAUGUAACGGCGGCAUUACGAGCUCACUUCGGUGGCCGAGAUAACUCGACCUUGGUCAGCACCUUGUGCGCACAAUCAAGUUGCAUCGAAUGGUCAUCACAGGCGGACUUCGGUCUCGCGCCGACGCCGCUCCUUGAUGGAUCUUUACUUGCUGUCGGAAACCGAGCUGGAUCUGUGAGUUUUCUCAGAUUCUGCGGUAAAAGUGACGGAUCUUGGGAAGUACGUUGCGCUGCGACGGUGCCGCUCGCUGACAGAUGGGUCACCCAUGUUGCAUGGUCCUCCUGGAAACAGCUACAAAGCGGAAAAUGCGAAGCAUCCCUUGCAUGCGGCAUAGCUGAUGGUUCCAUCGUCGUUCUCAGAGUCGUUCAGACUCUGCACUCCGCAGCAUCGUCCUUGGGGCUCAUUCCCAACCAUGACAUUCAAGCAUCCUUCGAAGUUCAAGACGUCAGGCCCGCGGAGAGUGACGGGAGAGGAAUAACCUGUAUUCAAUGGACGAAACCGUCGGCUGACCUUGACUUGUUGGUCUAUUCCAAACCAGCAAAACUCUAUCUCUGGGCGAUGCCAUCCGAUGGUCGGCUGUCAAGUCUGCGCACGGUUGCCCUUUCCACGCAGCACCUGUCCAUCGGUUCAUCUGCCCUAACUCCAGUGGUGGGCGUCGAGCAUGCACGUAGUGAGGACGCGCUCAUAGUUUCCCUCGCGGAUGGCUCUUUCCAUGUGGUGCACCAUCUCUCUCAAGAGCAACCGCCUGGGGAAUCGACACCCGACGCUGGGCUUUCUAGUCUGCAACUCUCCAGGGCUAGUCGAGCUGCAUUCGUAGCCGCCGAGCCGGAGAAGACAACCAAAAAGGACGUCAGUCGCUUGUACGGUGUAGCUUCGUACGAUAGCCAUGCAUGGUUCGCCUGGCUCCACGAAUCCUGUCGCCCCACCGACUUCAGCUACAAACACGAUGCCCGUCUUACCUGUCUACUUGUCGUUGCAAGAUUAUGCGAAGUCGACGUGGAGAGUUCCCUUCUCUCCAACGUACGUGACCUUAUUGCGCACGCACGGAUUGCUCAGAGGGAAAGUCCGCUGAGCUUACUUCGCCCUGCGUUAUUAUAUCUCCAAGACCAGAAUGUCCUUGGACCUGUGUGCGGAAGGCUGCUAGGACUUCUCGCGCAAGACAUACCUAUAUCGCUCCCGUUCCCUUGUCUCGUCUCUCUCAAUAUCACCGAUGCCAACCAAGAACUAAGACAAGGCUUUACGCGAAGUCUAGAGGCGUAUCUCUUCGGAUCGGAUGCGAUGUUGGCACUGCGAAUCCGGCUUAUCAUCGCCGAGUUAUGUGCGCGUAUCGCCGAAUUGGACCAUGAUCGACAAGCUUUCGUCGAGGUAGCUGCUCACUGCAACUCGCGUAUUCAGUCCCAUGUUCAGCUUGCAAUCCUCCAUCACAUACUGUCGGCUCUUCCAGCGUUGGCAGACGCCGACAUACCGUUUGCCAUGAGAAUGAUGGCGCGAGCUUGUCUGCGUGGCUCUGAUCCGGAUGUUGUCAAAGCUGCUCAUGUGCUGUCGACCAAGCUGAGUACCACAGCGACACACAAUGAUGACCUUACUCUGCACGAGCCUUGUCCAGCUUGCCAUGCCCCGAUCCCCUUCCAGGAUGCUGUCAACGCUGGAUGCCCUAAUGGUCAUAUGUGGACCCGCUGCUCCGUGACGUCCUGUAUCAUCGCCACGCCUAUCAUUCGAGCAUGCAGCAGUUGCAAUCAGAAAGCACUACUACCGCUGCACCGACUUGCGAGUCAAGCCUGGAUUCCAGACGACGUACGAAACAGCUGGCUAGCUGCUGAACUGUUGAACGCCGCAAGACGAUGCCUCCGCUGUGGAUGCAACUUUGUGACGCUCCUCUGAUGCGAUCUGCCUCGUGUACAGGCGAUUCCCCCACAGUGGUCCAAGAUGUGAUCGAGUAAUACAAUUGCUGUGAAGUCCUCAUGCUCAAACAACGCACCCACAGGGCACUUGGUUUCUGCAUCUCCGCGCCGUUACGCUGGUACCUAUGGAAAAACGUGGCCUCUGCCUUAUCAUCAUCUCAGUUGGCGGCGCUAUCGCGAAUUUAUUGUAACGGUCGCGUCGGUCCAGGACGAGUCAUACAAGAUCACAGCCCGAUUACAGCUAUGC